CAAUUGCUUGCAGCGGCGCCUACAAACAAUGCUACAGGAGGCGGAACUGAGCAUCGACGACGGAGCACAAGAGAGUAAGAACAUGAAGUUUGCGAUUAAAACAUUUUGCAAGAGCGGUCGAGCACGGGUGGGCCUCCUGCAACUCACCACUUUGGGUAAUAAGGAGAUAAUAGAGAUAGAAACACCGGCACUUCUACUCACUACUCGCAAAGGACUGCCGGCUUUUAUUCCGCCGGACCACCUCCCCUUUCUUCCGUCUCCUGAUUCUCGUCUUCUUCACUUUAGCCCCAUGCACUUCAUGGAGUGUCCUGAUUUAAAAACGAUAUCAAAGAUCGGAGGAGUGCACCGGCUUCUCGGUUUGCAAGGCUACGGAUUUGUCGCUGUGCCAAGGGAUUCUAUUCUAUCUCUUCCGGAAUGCAAUAGUAGUAACAAGAAUGGAGCAUCGUUUGAGACCCCGUGUGGGCGUUUCUUGGUGAAGCCUUUGGAGUACAUGAAAAUGAUAUCUUCAAUGAAGCCGGACUUGUGGGUCAGUUUAGCCGAUGAAGUACAUGCUUCAGUUACCGUAAAGAGGAAUAAAGUGUCUGUUGAUCGAACGAUCACAUGGCUUGAUACUUGCAUUUCACUAAAACCGAGAGAUGGAGUUCUUUUCGGAUCAAUUGUUGGAGGAUGCAAUGUUGAAGAACGGACACGUUGCGCUCAAGAGGUUGCAAAAAGAAAUGUUUCCGGUUAUUAUAUUGGUGGUUUUGGACUUGGAGAUAGCAUUGAUGAGCGAUCAACAUAUCUGCAUGCUGUUACGGACUCGUUACCAAAAGAAAAACCUCGUCAGGUUUGUGGCCUAGGACUUCCAGAGGAGGUAUUACAGGGGAUUGCUGCGGGUAUUGAUCUCUUUGACUCCACGUAUAUUUACCAUUUGACCCUUGAGGGCUUUGCACUUAUCUUUCCACUUAAUAAUGACAAGUGUACACAAGACCCUCAGUUGUGUCCCAUGGCUAGUGACUACACAAAGAUAAAUCUUAAAGCAACUGUCUAUAGGAAAGAUACAUCACGAAUUGUUGAAGGGUGCACGUGCUACACAUGUCAGAACCAUACAAAAGCUUACAUCAAUCAUCUCCUCAAUGUCCAUGAAAUGCUUGCUCAGAUUCUGCUUGAAAUACAUAAUACACACCACUAUUUGUCAUUCUUUCGGUUAAUAAGAGAAGCAAUUACCGAAGGAAAAUUUGAGGAAUUCAGACAGAAGUUCAUUCAGAACAGGCGCGGGCAUCUUCUGGCAGCUUCACCGAUUACUUUCGAGUUAGAAAGUCCAGUGAGGUAGUUUAUGUAUGAUCAACCACGUGUAUACUUCAUCUUAUAAUUUUGAGAAUCCUCAACCCUGAUAUUAUAUGCGGGCGGUUCAGCUAAAGAGCCGAACCUAAACCUAACCACACUGCGUUAAACUCAAUUUGUGGUUAACCUAUCACUUUUAGCGGUUAACUUUUGUAGUCUAUACAAAAAUGACUUGUAGAGGGCUAAUGUAUCAUUUGGGUUCAGAUUGUUUAAGUGCUAUUCGGCUCCAGCUCGAAUAUAUUUUUAUGAUAGUUUUUGAGCUCAAGCUUGAAUAUUUUCGUUA